AGUAAAAUGGGUGUGCAGGGUUGUCCACGGUGGAGGAAUGAUGGGAGUGAGGCUCAAGCCUCAAACGCAUUCCUUUACUUCAAUUGUCGCAAGAGAAGAAGAUCCAAUCAAACUCAUUCUGGAUCUGCGCUCUUCCAGCAGCGGUUCUUCUGUGGAGUUGAAGAAGAAGCUGGAGCAGUCCGGCGUGGCAGCCUCACCGGAGCUGGUGGUGGAGAUCCUUUCGCGUUUCCGCAACGACUGGGAAUCAGCCUUCACCUUUUUCCUCUGGGCAGGAAAGCAGAAGCCGCAUUCGGCGCGUGAGUACCACUCGAUGAUCUCCAUUCUAGGCAAGAUGAGGAAGUUCGACACUGCCUGGGCGCUGAUCGACGAAAUGCGUACUUGUGCUACUUCAGGUUCGGGUUCUUCUUCUCUUGUCACCCCUCAAACUCUGCUGCUCAUGAUUCGAAAAUACUCAUGUGCUCGUGAUGUUGGGAAGGCCAUUCACACUUUCUACGCUUAUAAGCGGUUUGCUUUGGAGGCUGGCAUGGACGACUUCCACGGCCUUCUCUCUGCUCUCUGCCGCUACAAUAACGUCCCUGAAGCCGAGCACUUACUUUUCUGCAACUCACAUAUCUUCCCAUUCAACACCAAGAGCUUUAACAUUAUCCUCAACGGUUGGGCUAACAUCAUCGGUAGCCCCCGCAAUGCCGAAAGAAUUUGGGCUGAGAUGACCAACCGAGGCGUCCCGCACGAUGCCAUCUCCUAUUCAUGUCUCAUUUCUUGCCAUUCCAAAUCCUCCAAUCUCACCAAGGUGCUCACCAUCGUCCGCCGCAUGAAGAAAUUGAAUGUUGAGCCUGACACCAAGGUUUACAAUGCACUCAUUUAUGCUCUUGGGAAAGCCGGACACCUCAAUGAAGCUACCAAUCUCAUGAAAACCAUGCAGGAAACGGGUCUUGCGCCUACCAUUGUCACUUACAACUCCCUCAUCAAGACUCUCUGCAAGGCCGGGGAAAUUGAUCAAGCUAAACACAUCUUGCAUCAAAUGAUGGAGCAAAGAGGCCUUGUUCCAACAAUUCAGACUUACCAUCCCUUCUUCCGUGUUGUAACAACCGCAGACCAAGUGUUUGAGCUUUUGGAAAAGAUGAAAAGCACCGGUUGCUCUCCAAAUACUGAUACUUACAUAAUGCUGAUUAGGAAAUUCUGUCGAUGGCGCCAACUUGAUAAUGUGUUCAAGUUGUGGAGUGAGAUGAGUGAGAAUGGAGCCGGUCCUGAUCGUAGCUCAUAUAUUGUGCUCAUACAUGGGCUCUUUCUGAAUAGGAAGUUGGAGGAAGCCCACAAAUAUUAUACAGAGAUGAUAGAUAAGCACUAUUUGCCAGAACCGAGGACAGAAGAGAUGCUUCAGGCUUGGUUCUCUGGUAAGCAGCAGACUUCCAAAUUCCAAACAACAGAUGGAGAAGUUGAUCCAGUGGAUCGUACUCAGCUAGCUACGAAUACUAAACUAGUAAUCCACAAGAAAUCUCCUCAGGAAAAAGAUUUCCGUCAGCAACCUGAAAGUAGGAAAGUUGUAAAAGUAAGGGGUUUUUCGUUUUGGGAUCAGUAGAUUUCAUUGAAAUGAGAGAUCUCAGCAGGGCAUGGUUGGUCAGCAACCUUGAGCAUCAGGUUUCCAUGAGCUUAUAAAGGUCUACGAUGUGUUGACAUAUAAAAAGAUCACCCUGGUGGAGAUGAUGUAGUCCUUGCUACAACUGGUAUACACCUUUUGGAUGUUUUUUUUCCAAUUAAUAUGUAUUUGAUGUUACAAUUCUCCGGGCCACAUAAGCUGCAAAUUGCACCUUGCCAGGGGGAACGCAAAUGACCGCGGUUCAGUUCAAGUCAAAAAAAAAGGAAAAGAGAAAGCUGGAAAGAUGAAGUUCAUAGAAUCUGAUUCCACCAGCAAUUGGAAAUUAGCACAUCCAUCUCUCCAAUCUCCAUGAUGCUACUAUUUCAUAUUCUGUCCUGGUUUUCAACUGUAAAGCUAUUAUGUUUACCUUAUUCUCUUCUCUGCCAAUUCUCAUGCAU